AUGGGUGGUGAUGAACCCAGGGACCCUCACAGGGCCAGCAGAGCCCCCAGGGACCAUCUCAGGGGCAGUAGAACCCCCAGGGACCCUCCUAUGGCAAGUGGCGCACCGGGAACCCUCCCAGGGACAUCAGUGCCCCCCGGGACCUUUGUAUGGGCGGUGAGUCCCCAAGAAUCCUUCCAGAGGCUCCAGUGCCCCCAGGAACCCUUCCAGGGGCAGCCGUGCAUCCAGGACCCUUCCCAGGGACGGGAGCGCCCUAAAAAACCCUUCCAGGCACGGACGGCGUCGCCCCCAAGGGCCCUCCCAGGGACGGUGGUGCACCUGGGGUCCAUCUCAUGGGUAGAGAAGUGCCCCCAGGGUGCACCCCAGUGGCGAUGGUGCCCCCAGGGGCCCUCGCAACAACAGCGGCAUCCUCAGGUGCAUUUUCAGGAGCGACAGCACCCCAUGGACUCUGACUGGAGCAGCGGAGCCCGCAGGAGCCAACCCAGGGGCAGUGUAGCCCCCAGGGACCAUCCCAGAGACCAUUCCAGGGGCAGUGGUGCACCAGAAACCCUCCCAGGGUCGGUGGCGCCCCCAGGGGUACCUCGCAGGGGCGGUAGUGCAUCUGGGGUCACUCUCAAUGGAAGAGGAGUGCCCAGGGACCAUUCGAGGGGUACUAGAGCCUCCAGGGACCAUCCCAGAGACCCUCCCAGGGACGGCGGCACCUCAAAGGACAUGCCCAGGGGCAUCCACACCCCCAGAGACAGUAGUGCCCCCAAAGACCUUCCUAGGGGUCCCAGGGGACCAUAUGGCAUGCUUGAACGACGGCACCUCAGGGAUCCUGACUGGAGCAGCAAAUCCUGCAGUGACCUACCCAGGGGCAGCACAGCCCCCAGUGACCAUCCCAGAAACCGUUCCAGGGGCAGUGGUGCACUGGAAACCCUCCUAGAAUCGGUAGCGCCCCCAGGGAUCCUGCCAAGGGCGGUGGUGCACCUGGGGCCCCACUUAUUGGAAGAGGAAUGCACAGGGACCAUUCCAGUGGUAGCAGAGCCUCCAGGGACCAUCCCAGAGACGGCAGCACCUCAAAGGACACUCCCAGGGGCAUCCACACCCCCAGAGACCUUUCCAGGGAUGCCUGGCGCUCCCAGAGGCCAUCCCAGGGGCCAUCCCAGGGGUGGUGGACAUCCCAGUAACCCUCUCAGGUGCCGCGACGCCCCCAGGGUGCCCCCCAGUAGCGACGGUGCCCCCAGGGGCCCUCGCAACAUCAGUAGCAUCCUCAGGUGCAUUCUUAGGAACGACGGCACCUCAGGGAUCCUGACUGGAGCAGCAAAUCCUGCAGUGACCUACCCAGGGGCAGCACAGCCCUCAGUGACCAUCCCAGAAACCGUUCCAGGGGCAGUGGUGCACUGGAAACCCUCCCAGGAAUGCAAUGAUACUGGUGGAAAUGUGAUGGGCGGUGUAUAUAUUAAACGUUGCAUCUCCAAGAGUAAUAAAUUGAGCAUAAACUACUGCACCCAUGGGCUCUACAGGCCUGGUGCUCCCAUGGACUAUCUCAGGGGUGGUGGACAUAUUAGGAACCCUCCCAGGUGCUGCGACGCCCCCACGGUGUCCCCCAGUGGUGACGGUGCCCCCAGGCGACCUCGCAACAUCAGUGGCAUCCUCAGGUGCAUUCUUAGGAGCGACGGCACCCCAGGGACCCUGACUGGAGCAGCGGAGCCUGGGACCCUCCCAGGGCCGGUGGUGCACCUGGGCUCCCUCUCAUUGAAAGAGGAAUACACAGGGACCAUUCCAGUGGCAACAGAGCCUCCGGGGACCAUCCGAAAGACCCUCACAGAGACGGAGGCACCUCAAAGGACACUCUCAGGGGCAUCCACACUCCCUAGAGAUCUUUCCAGGGACGUUAGUGGCUCCAGAGACCUUCCUAGGGGUCCCAGGGGGCCCUAUGGCAUGCUUGAGCGACAGCACCCCUGGGACCCUGACUGGAGCAGCGGAGCCUGCAAGGACCUACCCAGGGGCAGCGCAGCCAACAGGGACCAUCCCUGUGACCGUUUCAGGGGGAGUAGCUCACCGAGAACCCUCCCAUGGUCGGUGGCGCCCCCAGGGGUCCCUCCCAGGGUCGGUGUUGCACCUGGGGUCACUUUCAUUCGAAGAGGAGUGCACAGGGAGCGUUCCAGGGGCAGCAUAGCCUCCAGGGACCAUCCCAGAGAUCCUCCCAGGGACGGCGGCACCUCAAAGGACACUCGCAGGGGCAUCCACACCCCCAGAGACCUUUCCAUUGACGUUAGUGCCCGAGAAACCUUCCUAGGGGUCGCAGGGGCCCUAUGGGACGGGGUCGCCUUCAGGGUUGUUCCCAGGGACGGCGGCACCCAGGGGCAACACAGCCCCCAGGGACCAUCCCAGAAACCGUUCCAGGGGCAGUGGCGCACUGGAAACCCUCCCAGGGUCGGUGGCACCACCCAGGGGUCCCUCCCAGGGGCGGUGGUGCACCUGGAGUCCCUCUCAUUGGAAGAGGAGUGCACAGGGACCAUUCCAGGGGCAGCAGAGCCUCCAGGGACCAUCCCAGAGACCCUCCCAGGGACGGUGACACCACAGAGGACACUCCCAGGGGCAUCCACACCCCCAAAGACCUUUCCAGGUAUGGUAGUGCCCCCAGAGACCUUCCUAGGGGUCCCAGGGGGCCGUAUGGCAUGCUUGGGCGCUUGCAACAUCAGUGGCAUCCUCAGGUGCAUCUUCAGGAGCGACGGCACCCCUGGGACCAUGACUGGAGCAGCGGAGCCUACAAGGACCUACCCAGGGGCAGCACAGUCCCCAGAGAGCAUCCCAGUGACCGUUUCAGAGGGAGUAGCUCACCGAGAACCAUGGCAGAGUCGGUGGCGCCCCCAGGGGUCCCUCCCAGGGUCGGUGUUGCUCCUGGGGUCACUUUCAUUCGAAGAGGAGUGCACAGGGACCAUUCCAGGGGCAGCAUAG